ACCAAUUCAGGGCACGACAUUUCGGUUGGCGACAGUGACGAACGAGAGCAUCGGAGCUUCAGUAACGAUUUUUAGGUUACUUCGAAUCAACGUACUCCGUCAGCGCGUCCGCAAGAUACCGAUAAAAUGUCCAGGCGGAAUCCCGGGGACGAUUACAGAAAAGGGUCAAGUGUCUACAGAGCGGAGGACACGAGAGAGGAUGACAAAGGUAGAGACCGCUCGCCUCUCAGGCCCGAGGAGCGCUGCGAAUCGGUCAGCUAUAAUCAGCCGGACGCGAAGAAGCAGAAGUUGGCGUUUGGCUUUGGGAAAAAGGCUGGCAAUGAGCAGAAAAAGGGGAUACAGAUCAAGUUAGGCUCAACUUCCAAACCAGUCGCGAAGACAACGACAGCACAGAAACCGACGGUAGCCUCAGUGUUCAACGACGAAGACGACGAACCAGAAGAAAUGCCGGCGGAAGCGAGGAUGAGGAUGCGAAAUAUCGGUCGCGAAACACCAACAUCGGCCGGACCGAAUUCAUUCGGCAAAACGAAGCAAGGAUUCUGCGACUCGAAAAAGAUCUUCGAGAAGACAUUGAAGAAAGCCAUGGAGGAGGCGAAUAAAUGAUUCUCUAAUGUACAAUAUAUAUAUAUACUUGGGAAUUACUUGUCACAUGUACAUUAAUUUUAUAUAAUUCAUUCUAAUUAUUAGAAAGUUCUUGCUGAUUGGACGCGAAUAUUUUUAUGGAGUGUAAGUACUUUAUCGGCGAAGUUCAGAUUUCACUGAAAUCUUGUUCUAUUCUCGUAAUGGAGCCUUAAGAGAAGUUGCGAAUUUGGAAAGAUAUUAGCAAAUAUUUAGAUCGCGUACUUUAUCUUUGUGCAAGUCAUGUUCAAUAAAUGUAUACAUGAUGCAGACACGUUCCUCUGAACGAUCUUUUUUUCUUCUCUUUCGACACAGUGGCUGCGCACUACUGCAAUCUCAACUGUUUAUCUCUUUAAGUGAUAAAAGCAAUAACACGCAACAAAGCAAAUACACAUUGUGCUCUGUAAUUUAUAUUAUAAUCCAAAUAAAAGGUAGUCAAUGUAUUA